AUGCAUUCUUUUUUAUUCGUUGGUCAUCAUAAAUCACAACCAACACAAGAUUAUAGUCGAACAUCGAAUAUUAGUAGUAGAGAUGAUUUUAUUAAACGUACAGAACAAGAACGACAAAAACGCGAAUUGAAUCGAAAGCAAUUAUACGCAGCGAUUAAAAUUCAAACUUUUUAUCGAAGAAUAUUAGCACAAAAGCGCUUGACGCAAUUAUCUCGUGAACGUAUAUCAAAAUUACUAAUUCAAUUUCAAUCAACAUCAUUCGAUGAAGAAAAUCUUAUACAUCUAGCAAAUUUAAUUGAAUUUGGUUUCAAACCAAAUAUUGAUGCUCAACUUAUGAUGUCAUUAAUUGAAUCAUGUUGGAAACAUCGUCAAGCAAUUAUUGGAAAACUUGCAAAUGGCAAUUCAUCAUUAAAAAUUGCAAUUGCCAAAUUAUUAAAAUUUACAGUCAGAUGUCUUUCUUAUUUUGAAAAUAUUCAAUUACCAACACGUUUUAUUGAAUGGUUUACUGAUAUAAAAAGUUAUACAAAUGAACAAGUCGUUUUUUCUCAAAAUUUACAAACACUUACAAGUUAUUUUUUAAGAAAUAUUAUUCGCAAUGGUUACUAUACACAAAUGUGUUCUGUUAUUCAAACAAAAGUUCCCGCAAAUGUUAGUAAAAUAAGUCGUAUACCAGCUAUUGAACCAAUUGUUGAUUUACUUGCUCGACCUAUUGAAUAUCAAUUAACUGAUUCAACCAUUAGAGAUGAAGCAUUAUAUGCUCUUCGUAAUGAAUUAUUUUCUCGUUCGGAUCUUACUGCAUUACCAUUAAUUAUAACUCCAACGCUUGUUCGUCGUCCUAAUUUUCCUACUAAACGUUAUAUUGAAUUAAUUGAUUUUAAUCCAACAUUUCCAAUUGAUUCUUUAUUAUAUAAAAAUUGGAAAUUAUAUCAAUUAUAUGCAUUGCUUUUAAUUGUUGAUAGUCGAAUUGAAGAAUUACCAAUAUCAUUAACUAAAAAAGUUGUUACAGUUAUUCGAUAUUUUAGUAAUGUUUUAAUUACAAGAAAAACUUCGAAUAAAUUAUCAACACAUAAUGAUGAAGACGAUCAAGAUAUUGAUGAACAAAUGGAUGUUGAUGGUGGAGGAAGAGAUGAACCUGAUUAUGAACUAAUUGAAGAUUGUUUAACAAUAUUAAAUAAACGAUCAAUUACAAAUUAUUGUAUACAAAUAGCAAAUAAAAACAUACAAAUAUCAACAGAAGAUGAUGAAUAUAUUGCAAAUUUAGCUGGUAUUGCUCAUAGUCUAAUUCGUGAAUAUGAAUCAAUACUUCAUUCGAAUUUUUUAAUGAGUUUAAGUACUUCAUCAUUAUUUCUUGCACAUUUAUGGUUAGUUUGUCGAACACUUAAAUAUCAAACUGAUUAUCGUGAAAAUGUUCUUCUUCUUUCACAUAUAUCUUGUGCAAGUUCAUCACUUAAAGAUACUGAUAUUGAUCGUAUUGAACCAUUACUUGUAACAUUUUGUUCAUUAUAUAGCAUGUCACUUGUACCAUUACAUGAUGAUGAGUUUUUUCUUGGACCACCAAAUACAGCAUUUCAAAUUCAUGAAAUAUCAGAUAUGGUUCGAACAUUACGUGAUGUAUGUAUGGGAAUUGUUAGAUUUAUGUAUCCAGAAAAACAAAUAACUAUUCAAUCAAUAAAUACAAUUGAUGAAAAUGAAUCUCAAACGAAAGGAAAUCGAGCACAGAAACAAGCAGAACUCAUUCGACAAAGAGCAUCGAAAUUUUCAAUGAUUUUUAAAAUUAUUGUACAAUUACUUCAACAACUUCGAUCAAGAGAUGUACGAAGACAAUUUUGUCCAAGAGAAUAUUGGUUAACAAAUCAAUGUCCAUUGCAUUUGGAUAAGAUUUAUUUAUCUCCAUUUGCUCUUGGUCUAUCUGAUCCAUCACUUUUAUCAUUGGAUACUUAUCAAAAUCGUGAUAAAACUGAUGCAUUUCCAUUUUCUGUAAACGAACUUCGUGUAUUAACUGUUCUAAAACAAAUUCCAUUUGUUAUACCAUUUGAUAAACGAGUUCAAAUUUUCAAUAUGUUAAUUCAACAAAAUAAAAGUGAACAACAACAAGGUGCUGAAUUUCUUCAAAAUGGGUCAUCAAUAAAUAUUCGUGUUCGUCGCGGUUAUAUUUAUGAAGAUGCUUUCGAGAAACUUAGCCCACAAAAUGAACCAAAUCUUCGACGUAAACUUCGUAUAAGUUUUAUAAAUGCAGUUGGUCUUGAUGAAGCAGGUAUUGAUGGUGGCGGUUUAUUUCGUGAAUUUAUGAAUGAAUUACUUAAAUCAUCAUUUAAUCCUAUACGUGGUUUAUUUAAAUUAACAAGUGAUGGUUAUUUAUAUCCAAAUCCAAAUGUUGCUUUUAUUGAAGAAAAUUUUGGUCCGCAUUUUUAUUUUCUUGGUCGUAUGUUAGGAAAAGCAAUUUAUGAAAAAUUUCUUGCUGAAUUACCAUUUGCAACAUUUUUCUUACAAAAAAUUUUGUCACGUUCAUCAGGAAAAGUUGAUAUAGAUCAUUUAGCUUCAUUAGAUCCUGAAAUGUAUAGAAAUUUACUUUAUUUAAAAAACUACAAUGGAAAUGUCGAAGAUCUAGGUUUAGAUUUUACAAUUGUUAAUAGUGAGAUAGGUCAAACACAAAUUAUUGAAUUAAAACCAAAUGGUCGUAAUAUAGCUGUUACAGAUGAAAAUCGUAUUGAAUACAUUCAUCUUGUUGCUAAUUAUAAAUUAAAUAAACAAAUUAAUGAACAAGUUUUAAAAUUUCGUGAAGGUUUAUGUGAUGUUAUCAAUAUUGAAUGGUUAAGAAUGUUUGAUGCUAAUGAAUUAAGAAUAUUAAUAUCCGGUGCACCAGGAGAAAUUGAUGUUAAUGAUUGGAAAAAUUAUUCUCAAUAUAAAUCACCAUAUCACAAAGAACAUCCUGUUAUACAAAUAUUUUGGAAAUGUGUAUCUGAUUUUACAGAAGAUCAAAAAAGAAAAUUAUUAAAAUUUACAACAAGUUGUUCGAGGCCACCAUUGUUUGGAUUUAAAGAAUUGUAUCCUGAGUUUUGUAUUCAAUCGGCUGGUUCUGAAAUCGAUCGUUUACCAACAUCCAAUACAUGCAUAAAUCUUUUAAAAUUGCCUGAAUAUGCAGAUGAAAAUAUGCUCAAAGAAAAACUGUUAUAUGCUAUUCAAGCAGCUGCUGGAUUUGAAUAUAGUUGA